AUGAAUUUCGAGGAAACACAGCUCUAUGGUGGUGCCAUCACCACGCAAAUCCCGGCCGGAUUGAUUGACGCAUCGACAUUGAGACAGAUCCCCGAUACACAGGAGGUGUUUGUGGCAGGGCCAGACACCCAGCUCGGCCCAGAGGACGCCAUCAUCUUUGAUCUCUUGGAGUCGGUCGGCGUCGCUGACGAUGCCGCCGCCGAGUACCAUUUCCAGGAAUUGGCCAAGCUCAAUGGCGCUGAGAACGCCAAAAUAUUGGAAGCGGCGAAAAUCCAGUGUCCGAAUUUUGCCCAGGACCCUGCCUACGUCUUGGUUGGCUCGCAGGAGGCAAAGAAAUGGGGGAGGGACCAAACGGAAUUGGUAGUUUUACUCGGACUUAUCCGGCUCCAGAAGGUGCAGACCGACCUGCUGAUUACGUAUAACCUCCCGGGUAGCGAUUUCGGCCCCCGGAUUCCUGCCGCAAAGCAAGUGAUUCAGCAUGCCCUGGAGUCACUCCGGGUGCAAGACUGGUCACUAUUUGGCUGA